CACCUCCGUUCCAUUUACAAUCCAGCACAAUGGCCGGCGCUUUCACUACCACUCUCUACCGGAGUCUGUUCCAGCGCAAUGCUGUCUACUUGACUGCCAUCUUCACCAGUGCCUUUGCUUUCGAGCUGGCUUACGACACCGCUUCCAACCGCGUCUGGGACGCUUUCAACCAAGGCCGUCAAUGGAAGGACAUCAAGCACCGCUACAUCAACCAGGCCGACGACGAGGAUGACGAGUAAAUAUGACGAUCCUACCGAGUGUUUUGUGCCGCAAUUGUGAGGUGGUGGUGGUGGUGGUGGGAUAGACCAAGUGCUGGAGGGUAGAGAUAUCCAUUCCCAUGUUAUUUUACCGAGAUCGGAGGAAAGGGGAAUUGGGAUCCUCCACGGUGUUUGUUUCUUGUACGAGAUAGUCCUUUUUUAUUUCUGGAAGAAUGAGCUGUACUAUUGCGUGCAUUUCUCUUAAGAAUUCGCUGAGAAGAGAGGUAUCGGAUUAUCGAAAGGGAGACUGCGGUCAAGUCGCGCCAAGCCGCAUUUGGUCUGUAGAUUCAACACGAUGUCAUGCUUUUCCCCUCCUUCCUCCGGACACAACGCAUUCUCACCAAAAACGCCUCUCUCACUUUCUUUUGUUCUUUCUUUAGCUUCUACUCUUUGCCUGUUGUGAAUCUGGACCCGGAAGAUCAUAUCCUAGCAGACGUUGAAUUAAAGUCUCAAUAAGUCGUU